UAUAUAUGAUGUGAUUUCAAAACCCUUCUGUCUCUCAUCCCGACUGAAUUCAAAUGAAGUCAUUGCAGGUUGCUGCUGCUCUUCUCCUGCUCCUGUUUUUUGGGCAUUCACUAGCACGUGCAAUUACAUUUUCUGUACACAAUAAAUGCCCCAUUUCUAUAUGGCCAGCAACUGCCCCCAACACCGGCCAUCCAGUGAUAGCAGGUGGCGGAUUCUAUCUCCCACCAGGCCAGACACAGCGUUUUGAGGCCCCGAAGACAUGGAACGGGCGGAUUUGGGCGCGGACAGGAUGCAACUUCACCUCCAAUAGGCAACCAGCUUGUGAAACUGGUGACUGUGACGGAAGGCUUCAAUGCAAUGGACUAAUAGGCACACCUCCAGCCACAUUAGUCGAAGUUACACUUCAAGGUGAUACAGGCAAGCCAAAUUUCUAUGAUGUUAGCCUGGUUGAUGGCUACAACCUUCCUGUUUCGGUUGCUACACGACCUUUUUCGUCUAAAUGCUCCAUCGGAAGCUGCUCGAAAAACCUCAACAACUUGUGCCCUCAAGAACUUGAAGUCCUUAACAAGGAUGGGGAAGUUAUUGCUUGCAAAAGUGCUUGCUUGGCUUUCAAUAUUGAUUCAUUUUGUUGCAGAAAUGAUUAUGGGACACCUGAAAAAUGCAAACCAACCAUGUAUUCAAAGAUGUUUAAGGACGCUUGCCCUUCUUAUUAUAGCUAUGCCUUUGACAUGCCUCCACCAUUGGUAAAUUGUGCAUCAAAAGAGUAUGUAAUAACUUUCUGUCCUUCAGCUUGGGGAGCUGAUCAGGCUUCCAUAUAGAGUUUUUAUACCUUUUUUUUUUUUUUAAAUAAUGACUAGUUUUUACCAUUUGAUUUGUAAACCUUAAUUCACUGUUUUUUCUUUUUCUAAUAAGAAUUAUCAUCUCCUUUUUAUAUG